CCCGGCUUCAUCUACCAGCUGCCCGCGCGCGUCCUAGACGAGCUGUGCCGCAGCAUGGAUACGCUUAGCGAGUGGGACUGGAUGCAGUUCGCACUCAAGACUGAGGCAGGAGGAUCAUGAUUUGAGGCCUGCCUGGGCUACAUAGUGAGCUGGCUCCAACUACAUAGUGAGACUCUGUCCCCAGGCAAACAAGCAAGCAACCAAACAAGACCCAGACUACAGCAAUAGCACCUGCUUCUGUAUCUAUAGGAAAAAACCUGGAAGUGGUACCAGGAGUUGAACUCAAGCCUCCCACAUGCUGGCCUCCUACGUGAUCACCGACCUAACCCAGCUUCGGAAGAUCAAGUCCAUGGAGCGUGUGCAGGGUGUGAGCAUUACUCGGGAGCUGUUGUGGUGGUGGGGCAUGCGGCAGGCCACAGUGCAGCAGCUGGUGGACCUCUUGCGUCACCUGGAGCUCUACCGCGCUGCCCACAUCGUCCUGAGCUGGAGACAGGUUCCCGGACCCAGCUCUCCCCUCCCAGCCUUCCCAGGGGCCGUGACGCCAGGGCCUGUGGCAGCUGCUCUAAGAAGCACUGAGGAGGACCGGGACAGCAGGGAGCCCUGGGGGCCAAGCAUCUUUCAGAGCCCAGGGUCUGCUCUGCCCAGAGCCCACCAGCCAGCUUCCCUGCUGUUGCCUUCUAUAGAGGAUACGGCUCCUUCCAUAAAGACUGACCUCCCUUCGAUGCUGGACUCCAAGGAUUUCAGCACUUCCAUUUCUAAGCAAGAAAGACUUCUGAGCUGUUCUGGAAACAGCCUUCUCUGGAGUGAGGCCGACGUGGUCCAGGCAACCAGUGACUUUGGCCCAAGCCACAGGAUCAUUAGGGGCACCUUUGCUGAUGUGUACCGAGGGCAGAGACAUGGGGUACUCUUGGUGAUUAAGAAGCUCCAAGAGGGAGCCUGUUCCAGUCCAGAGUCCCUGGAAAGGUACCUCCAGGCAGAAGUGCGGGUUUGUCUCCGAUGCUGUCACCCCAACGUGUUGCCUUUGCUGGGCUUCUGCACUGGAGGACAGUUUCACAGCCUGAUCUACCCCUACAUGGCAAAUGGUUCUCUGCAGGACCGACUGCAGGGCCAGGGUGGCUCAGACCCCUUGCCCUGGCCCCAGCUUGUCAGCAUCUGCUCAGGUCUGCUUCAUGCUGUUGAGCACCUACACAUCCUGGACAUCAUCCAUGGCAACAUCAAGAGCUCCAACGUUUUGUUGGAUGAAGAAUUCACCCCUAAGCUGGCUCAUCCGGUGGCUCAGUUGUAUCCUGUCCACAAAAGGUCAGAAUAUACAGUGAUGAAGACCCACCUUUUCCAGGCCUCAGCAGCAUAUAUGCCUGAAGAUUUCAUCAGGGUUGGGCAGCUGACCAAGCGUGUGGACGUCUUCAGCUGUGGAAUAGUGCUAGCAGAGGUCCUUACUGGCAUGCCAGCAAUGGACAAUGGCCGGAGCCCCGUGUAUCUGAAGGAUUUACUCCUCAGUGAAAUUACAAGCUCCAGGAAGACUGGGGUGGAGAAGGUGUUGGCAAAGGAGAUCUGCCAGAAGUACCUGGAGAAGAGAGCCUGGUCGCUGCCAGAGCACUGUGCUGAGGCCUUAGCCACAGCUGUCUGCCUCUGUCUGCAGAGGCGCAACACUGGCUUGCAGGAGGCGCUGGGCUCCGUGGCUGCUGUGGAGGAGUGGCUCCGAGGGCGGGGUCCCCUGCUGCCUUGGAGCGGGCUCUCUGCAGGAACAUGCUCUUCCGCCAACACACCGGAGGAGUCUGAUGUUGUGGACCACGCCGGCCUAGACGCGGCGAGCUCCGGGAGGGCGGUGCGCGGUGCGGCUGCGGAGGCCGAAGCUGGAGGGCUGCAGGCGGACUCCUCUGGGGCCCAGAGCGGUAAGCGCAGCCGCCGUCAUUCCGUCCUUCCUUGUUGAUUCCUUUAAGGAUUC